AUAUGAUUUUUGGUUCCAUAUGAUCAACGUUUAAUUCACUACCGUAUCAGCUGUAAGCAUGUCAAGGUUUAAAAAAAUUGAAUAAUAUAUAUGUUUUGAAUAAUAAAAAUCCAGGUCUACUAAGAUUUUAGACUAGACAAUAAAAUUUAUAAAUUCAUCAAAGUUAUAAUAAAAAGUUGUAUCACUUGGAGCAAUUUUAUUUUUCAAUUAAACUUGGAUGACGUUGAUUUUUUUCCACAGCUGACUUCUUGAGUGUUCGUUCUGCUGCAAAACUCGAAAGGCGGCCUUGUUGGUUAGGUUAUUAUUUACUUUCACGUGCAACUCAAUAAUAUGCAUUUAAUCCUAAUUGAUUCUUGAGAUUUGAUAGAAAAUAAUCUUGAAUCAUGUCUGCAAAGGUUCAGAAAGUCUCUGAGAAAAAUGGCUCAACAAAAUCACCAAACUUAGACAGUGUAUGGUUACGAGCAAUCAAAUCUCAGUCUGAGUGGCCAGAUAAGGAAGAGUUCCUUGAUGUUAUUUACUGGAUACGGCAAGCUCUGGGAAUAAUUGUAGGAGUGCUUUGGGGUCUAAUACCUUUGAAAGGUUACCUCGCACUAUUAUUAUUUGUCCUUGUUAAUGCUGGAGUCAUCUACGUGUAUUUCUCCACUUUCCAAACUGUUGAUGAAGAGGAAUAUGGUGGAGCUUGGGAGUUGACAAAAGAAGGAUUCAUGACGUCAUUCGCUGGUUUUCUUGUAACGUGGAUUAUUGUUUACUCGGGAUUGCAUUUCGAUUGAUGAUGGCUUAGAGUUUGAACAUUCCUCUUGGAGAGCUAGAUUUCGAACUAUGACCUCAAGAUUGAAUCUGUGGGUUAAUUCCAACUUUGGAAUCCAAUCCGGACUUCAACUUCCUCCAUAUUGUAGACAACUUUCAUCCACCUGCUGAGUUUUUACUCUUCAUGUUUCUAAUUUAUUACCCUUAUUUGUUAUUUAUUCUCAUUCCUCAUCAACCAAUGUGUAUUUUAGACAAGCAAUGUGCUCCAAGAACAUUAUAGUCAUCUUAUUAUAUGAUUCUGUAUUAUAAUAGGUAUGUUUCGAUUUUUAUCCAUAAAUGUAUUUUAGAUUAUGGAAAACAUUUUGUAAGUAUUUGA